AGCUGUUGUGCCGUGGUGGUGGACAGACUGCUGCCCAGGAUCUCCCUCUGUGGUUCGGAUACAAAAAAAACAAAUUCCCCUCUCUAAAAUCACCGGAGACUCCGUGUAUAUCACCCCGUAUUCUGGAGGUUUGACCCGGACUGAAAAGUGGCAGGAAUAGAGCGGACAGCAGCCGGUGGACUGAAGGAUGUUACAGGAUGAAACGUCUCCAUUCUUCCAGCAGCAGCGACAGUUCUGACAAUGAGAGUCCCUCUACUUCUUUCUGCUCUUCAAACAAAUAUGGCGGCAAACCUGAAACCCCCGCCGCCGUCCCGAAGAAACCGGCUGAAGUGUUCAGAAAAGACCUGAUCAGCGCCAUGAAGCUUCCUGACUCGCACCACGUGUCUCCGGAGGAUUACUACCUGCUGGCUGACACCUGGAAGCAGGAGUGGGAGAAGGGGGUUCAGGUGCUGGCGAGCCCCGACACCAUCCCUCAGGCCUCCGUCAGAGCGGUGCUGGAGAGUCCCAAAGAGCUGCUGUUCACGCUCCAGAGGAAGUUCAUCCAGAGCUCCGGUCAGGAGUCCGCUGAGCCGGGAUACGUGAACAUCAAGGAGCUGUCGGAGAACAUGUGCCGCUACGACCUGGACGACAUGGACCUGCACUGGCUGCACGGCCUCAACACGCAGCUGCAGCGCAUGGGCGAGGAAUCCAUCGACGAGCUGACGAUGGAGCGCGUGAUGGAGGCGCUGGAGACGCAGUGCCACGAGAACAUGAAGCACGCCAUGGAGACGGUGGAGGGGCUCGGCAUCGAGUACGACGAGGACGUGAUCUGCGACGUGUGCCGCUCCCCCGACAGCGAGGAGGGCAACGACAUGGUGUUCUGCGACAAGUGCAACAUCUGCGUCCACCAGGCGUGUUAUGGCAUCGUCAAAGUGCCCGUGGGGAACUGGCUCUGCAGGACCUGUGUCCUCGGCAUCGACCCGCAGUGUAUCCUCUGUCCUCAGAAGGGAGGGGCCAUGAAGGCAACACGGGCCGGGACCAAGUGGGCCCACGUGAGCUGCGCCCUGUGGAUCCCAGAGGUGAGCAUCGCCUGUCCGGAGAGGAUGGAGCCGAUCACCAAAGUGUCGCACAUCCCCCCCAGCCGGUGGUCCCUCAUCUGCAGUCUGUGCAAGUGGAAGACAGGGGCCUGUAUCCAGUGCUCGGUGAAGAACUGCACCACCCCCUUCCACGUGACCUGCGCCUUCGAGCACAGCCUGGAGAUGAAGACCAUCCUGGACGAGGGCGACGAAGUCAAGUUCAAAUCCUACUGCCUGAAGCACAGCAAGUCCAAAGAGCCCGGCCUGAGCCCCGCCCGAUCCAAAGCCCCCCCCGAGGCGCAGAAGGGGGGGCAGCGCGCUCAGAGGCUGCAGGAGCUGGAGGAGGAGUUCUUCACCCGGGUGCAGCAGGAGGACCUGGUGGGGGUCGUGGGGCUGUCGCUGCGCCUCGUGGACUUCAUCUUCCAGUACUGGAUGCUGAAGAGGAAGGCCAACUUCAACCGAGCCCUGCUGCCCCCCCGACAGGGCGAGGAGGGCCUGGAGCUGCAGCCGCAGGAGGACAGCAUCCACACCCGCAUGAGGAUGUUCAUGCACCUGAGGCAGGACCUGGAGAGGGUGAGGAAUCUGUGCUACAUGGUGAGUCGUCGUGAGAAGCUGAAGGUUCUGCAGAGCAAAGCCCAGGAGCAGAUGUUCAACCUCCACAUGAAGCUGCUGAACCAGGAGCUCUCUGCUGGUCUUCCUUCUUCCUCUUCCGCUGAGAGCGUGCUGUUUCGUCCUCCUCCGAGAAUAACUCUGAAGCUAAAAAUGCCCAAAUCCUCCAGCCUGGGAAACGGUGGUUCUAAAUCCGGGAAUGGGCCGCUGUGCCCGGACAAUAGCGUGAAUGUGACGGAUCAUUCAGGGGAAGGGUUGGGUCUGGGGAAGCCUCAGAUGCACGGACACAACCGGAGAGACGAACGUUCAAACGGGCGUAUUUCGUCCUCCUCCUCUUCCUCUAGCCGCCCGAUGCUCCCCGUCACGAAGCCCGGCGGGAAGCCUCUGGCUCUGCAGGCGGCGCUGCACGGACACGCCUCCCACAGCAACGGCAAAUCCAACGGCCUGCUGGAGAAGCUGGUGUCGCAGAAGAAGGACAGUUCCUGCCAGACUCCCAGCGAGCAGGAAGCUACAAAAAGCAGCUUCCGUAAGUCCGCCAUGGAGCACUUUGGCCGCUCCUUUAAAGAGGCCACCAUCAACCUGGUGAGGACCACGGAGGACCUGAGGGCCUCCGACAAACUGAGCCGCAAAGAGAGACUGUGGGCCAAGCCGGUGUCGGAAACCCCGGUGGCGAGCGGGAGGCAGGACAGCGACGGGUACUGUCCCGACCUGGAGCUCAGCGACUCGGAGCCCGAGGCCAAAGGGAGGCACCGGCGGCGACAGGGGGGGGCGCCGCCGGCCGACCCCCAAAAGAAACAGGGCUCCAGACACCCGGUGCAAAGGUGACGGCAGUGUGCACCCCCCCCCUCCACACUGAAAAACCUGAAAUGUUGAGUUUAAUUAUAUAAAUGAUCUCAACAGAUUUCACAUCAUUGUAUUAGGUUAGUUGAAAGCAAUUCGGUCUAACUUUAAUAUUGUUGCUAACCUAAUACAUGUUUGUGAAAUCUGUUGAUAUGAUACAUUUAAUUAAAGUCAACGGUUCCGUUUUUCAGUUUAGUCUUCCUAAGUGUCUUUGUGAACACGCCUAUACACUACAGCUGCAGAGAUUCAUCCUCAAAACUGUUAAAACUAUUUUGAUAGAUUUCAUUUUUUAGAAAAAAAAGACAAAAUUCUGUAACUCCAGCUUCUUAAAUGUGAAUAUUUUCUCGUUUUCUUUUCUCCUCUUUGACAAUAAACUGAAUAUAUUUGAGUUGUUGACCAAACAAAACUUCAUUUUUCACCAUUUUAUGGACCAAAAAGCUAAUAGGUGGUGCAGGAAUGAGUCCUAAAACCAUGCCAUGACUCAGCAUUUUAGCACUUCCUGUUCCCUCAUCUUAAAGUCAAUGGUUUUCUGAAUGUGCUUUUGGUUAGAAGCCUGAAAUACGGUCAGUGGUUAAAACAAGGUGAACAUAUUUUUAUCAGUAAAUAUCCCGCUGGUGAAUUUAAAAAGUAAGAAUAAACAUCAUCACGUCCACCAUUAGCCGCCUUUAGCUUAGCGGUGGUGGAGCUAAUCCUUCUGAAUAAAAUGUCAUAAACAAUUUUCUUCAAUACUCCAAAAUCCAAUUGUAAAAUCCCAUUGGCUUUUUGUGGAGGGAACCAGAGAGAUGCUAUAUUAUACCGCAAUAAAUAUAAUUGCUAGUUGCAGCUCUACUGUACGUACGCGAAGAUGAAGAUGCAUUAAGGGAAUUUUCAGCAACAUCAUCAUCCAUUUGUUAAUUAAAUCACAAAAAUAGCCCUGUGUUAAUCUGUCGGAUUUUCACGACUGCCUUAUCCUGACUACAGUAACAUCUUGUACUCUGCACAUCUUUGUAUGAAACGCACACGUUCAAUUUGCAUUUCUGACUCAAACUGCUGUAUGAGACAUGUUCAAAUUGGGAUGUAAAUACUGUGAAUCUCACAUGUUCCACUAUCAAAGCAAAUCAUCACCAGAAAGUGAAAUCCAGCAUCUCCUGCACUUGUUUCUCACACACUUGUCUGUUACAGUUUGUUUUCACACAGGUGAUACACUGACUUUUAUAUUGGUCAAGUAUUGGGGGGUCGUUUUAUAAACAGAAAUGUGUGUGUGUGUGUGUGUGCAGUUUUACACCAUUUGUAGAACAAAAGGAGCAUGAAAAACAUGGAAGUUCUUGUGUCAAAGUGAAAAGAAAUGUGUGUAAGAAAGAAAAAUGACAUUCCCUGACUCAAAGCAGCAUUUAUAAAUCGAACGACAGAAAAUAUUCGCAAGCUAUUUUGGUAAUUUUUCAUGCAGUUUCCAGCCUCUCAACAGUUGAGAUUUUCUUUCGGUUUUAUAUCAAAACGAAGACAUUUAAAGACAAUGUUUUCAACAAAUAAUCAAGUACAUGUUCAUUAGUUAGAGUUCAGAUGUUCUUCCCUCAGCUCAUCACAUGAUCAGCCUUCACUGUCACUCACUUCCUCUAUAUUUGUCUUUUUCUGUUUCUUGUUACCUUUUUUGUUGUUGUAAUAAAAGACCUGGAAUAACUGGUU